UUGAAAAAAAGCAUUGAGCAACUUUGCGGCUUUUUACAGUUGGCUGCGAAAUACGGUAUCGUGAUCAUCAGUCCGAUUCUUGAAAGAGAUGAAGAGAAGGAUGAUGUUAUCUGGAAUACUGCGGUGGUUAUCUCACAUACGGGCAAGGUAAUCGGUAAGAGCAGGAAGAAUCACAUCCCAAGAGUUGGUGAUUUUAAUGAGUCUAGCUAUUACAUGGAGUCGACGCUUGGCCAUCCAGUGUUCGAGACGGCAUUCGGGAAGAUCGGCAUCAACAUUUGCUACGGGCGCCAUCAUCCACAGAACUGGAUGAUGUAUGCUCUGAACGGAGCCGAGAUCAUCUUCAAUCCAUCUGCCACUGUCGGAGGGCUGAGUGAGCCGCUAUGGGGAAUCGAGGCACGUAACGCUGCGAUCGCUAAUCACUGCUUCACAGUGGCUAUCAAUCGAGUGGGAACGGAGCACUUCCCAAACGAAUUCACUUCCGGGGAUGGACGCCCAGAAGCAUUCUUUGGCAUUGAUCUUGUGGAAAAUAUUUCAGCUCAUCAUGAUUUCGGACACUUCUACGGCAGCAGUUACAUCGCUGCACCUGAUGGAAGUCGGACUCCUGCGCUUUCUCGAACGAGGGACGGAGUGUUAAUCGCUGAAGUCGACUUAAAUCUCUGUCGUCAAACGAAAGACACUUGGGGUUUUCGGGCCUCGGUUGCUCUCAUUCCUUCUUUAAGUUCUUUGUCUUCAAGAAAAAUGUCCUCGUCAUUCGUUCUCGAUAGUGUCGACGCCGCUUUAAAGGAGGCAAUGGAAGGCCCUGAAUUCGAUGAGGUGCGGCGGAUCCUCUACGGCAGUAAACAUCCAGAGCUAACCGUUCCAAACGAUGCUCUAAUGAUUGCAACCAAAAACAACUUCGAUCUACGAGCGUACGAAAUCACUGCACAGCAAGAAGACUUGAGGGCUCCACGAAAACUCCAAUCUCUCGGAAGAAGCUGUCAGUCACCCCACAGCAAACAGAAAUUUGAUGAAUGUUUUCAGGUUCGGGUGGCGGCGAUCCAGUUCUCCAUUGGCGCUCCGACAUCGGCUCCAGUAGAAGAGCAGAGGAAAGCUAACCACUGCAAAGCGGCCAAGAUGAUCGACGCCGCCGCCGUCGCCGGCGCCAACAUCGUCUGCUUCCACGAGUUGUGGCCGAUGCCGUUUGCGUUUUGUACUCGUGAGCGUCUUCCAUGGACCGAAUUCGCCGAAUCAGCCGACCAUGGCCCAACUACAAGAUUCUUGUCACAGUUGGCCGCGAAGUAUGGUAUUGUUAUCGUGUCGUCGAUUUUGGAAAGAGACGAGUCGAAAGACGAUGUAAUAUGGAAUGCUGCAGUGGUUAUCUCUCACACGGGAAAUGUAAUUGGAAAGAGCAGGAAGAAUCAUAUUCCUCGAAUUGGAGACUUUUCUGAGUCGACCUACUACAUGGAAUCGUCGCUUGGUCACCCGGUAUUUGAGACAGCAUUCGAAAUCCUCAAUCUUUUAAAAUUUGAAUUUAGUGAGCCCAUGUGGCCUAUAGAAGCUCGAAGUGCGGCGAUUGCCAAUCACUGCUUUACUGUAGCCAUCAACCGAGUAGGCAGAGAAUCAUUUCCUAAUGAGUUCACCUCAGGAGAUGGUCGUCCAGCACACAAGGAGAUCGGAAUGUUUUACGGCAGCGCGUAUGUGGCUGCUCCAGAUGGAAGUCGCACACCGGGGCUUUCUCGCACUAAAGACGGCGUGUUAAUAGUUGAGAUCGAUCUCAACCUAUGCAGACAGGCUAAGGAUCAUCUGUGCUUUAGAGAAGUGUGCAUUGUUCUCGGAAGUCUUUUAGGAAUGAAUGUAGAUGUUUUAAAAGUAUGGGACAACUCAUAUCAUACAUUAUGCGAACUUAUAGAUGACCCAAAGGCUGGACCUCUACUCGAAGAGCAUUGCGGCAGCGGCUGA